AUGGAGUAUUACAAAAACUUUGAGAUUAAAGAUGAUCUUCUCAGAAAAUCUAAGGUUGAAAUAGGCAAAGUCUUAUUUACAAACUGAUCUCAUAAAUCAAAUUUCCCAAAGAAUGCAGUUAUGAAAAGAUAUUUAUCAAUGGAGAACAGAGGAAUAGAAGAAGCAGAAAUGAUGAUUAGGGUAAAUUCACUACAUCCAUGGACAGUAAAAUAUUAUGCAUCAGGAGUCUAUCAAAAUAGCCAAUUCUACAUCCUAAUGGAGGAUUGCAUAAAAGGAGACUUAAGGAAAGAAAUAAAAGAAAAAAGGUCAAAAAAUCGUCACUUUUCUGUAGAAGCCCUAGUGUAUUAUUUUUCUUGUUUAACUGAUGUAAUUGAAGUUCUGCAUAUAAAUUCUAUUUGGCAUAGAGAUAUCAAGCCGCAGAAUAUUUUUAUUAAUGAAAACGGAGAUUUGAGGCUUGGAGACUAUGGAAUAUCAAAGUUUUCUGAAAAAGAAGAACUGCCGUAUACGUUCCAUACAAUUUUAGGGACAGUCCCAUAUAUGUCGCCUGAGCUAAAAACAAGAAGGUACAUGAAACACAUUAUUUCGUCUCCAGAUUCUGAUGAUAUUUGAGCAUUAGGUAUGACAUUUUAUGAAAUGGUUACGUUUGAAAGAAUAUCUAUUCAAUCAGAUAUAGAUCUUGAAAUCCGAAAUGCAAUUAUUUCUCGCCGCUGGUGCCCACAAAGCUUUAUAACUUUAUUAUCAGGUAUGCUAGAUCCAAUAGUCCCAAAAAGAUGAAAAAUUGAGCAGGUUAGGGAUUGGUUAGCUAAAUUCCAGAGUAUUAAUAAAUUUCGACAUAAUUAUUAUAAAACAAAUGAAAUUGAGGAAGAAGAGGAAGAAGAAAGCUAUAAAAAAUCUGAAGAAAGUAUUGCAGAAAGUGAAACUAUAUCUAUAGAGUCACAGAGGACUUCUUCUGAUUCUGAAAAAAGAAAUAUAUCUAAGAAAGAUUCUGAAGCUUAUAAUCCAGAUUUAAAUGAUUUUGAACCAAGUGAUCCCCAAAACCCGACAAGCAAUUACUUAUCCUCUCAAUCAUCUAGCUCUACAUUAUAUAAGCUAGAGAUUGCGUCUUCUUGCAACUCAGAUAAGGUUUCAAGUUAUCCAAAUGAAAUUUCUGACACUAACUAUGAACCUUCAAUACAAAUUCUAACUCCCACUCCGUAAGCGAACAAACCAUUGGAAAAAUCCUUAUGUUUUGCCUAAAAGCUCACCCUCUGUAGGUGAACAAAAAUGUUUUAUGAAAAAAGGGGAUUGAGUAUAAGUGAAAAUUAUUAUUAUGAUGAAAUCUCUAUCUAUUCUGCUUAAUAAUAAUAAGCUUGCAUUUUAAAACAUAAAUUUGCAAAUUAAAAUUAAUUUUUAAAUUCUUUAGAACAAUAUUAACUCCCCUCAUUAGCGAACAAAUUUUUUUUCUUCUCUUACGGAGGGGGGCAUAGUAAGUAAACUAUUCCACAAAAAAGAGAUCCACCCAAUAAAACAAUUUGAAGAGGAAAAAAAAUCAACAAAAUUAGAAAAAUGUAAAGACAUUCUGCCUGAACAGUACAAAACUCCUAUUAUGAUAGCUCCUAUGGAAAAUAAGUCUCAUCGAAUUGAUGAAAAAGAAGCUAUAUUUCGUGAACUUUUUAAAGAAAACCAAGAAAAAAUAGUCUGCAGAAUAUGCAAAGCAUUUUCAUGGACCAAGCUGCAUCCACAACACUGGAGGCCAUACAAAAUAAAGUGCAAAAAAUGCAAGUCAAAUUAUUGUUCAUUCUGUAAUUAUGGUGGAGGGCAUAAGAAAUGUCAAGAGUAUGAAGAUCUUUUGUUAGGUAUCAAAACCUCUAUAUUUAAUAAAGCUUGAAUUUAA